AUGGCGCCUUCAUCCUCUCAAAAGGAGGUAAAUUAUCAACCGCUUGCGUCAGAUGAACCUGAGGCUUUGACGUCAAGCCUUGCAAAACCACCUUCCCUGAGCAGCAGAGCAGCGGUGACGAUUGUGCCAGUCGUUGUGACUUUUACCAUCGCACUCAUUCUAGGCUGGCUCACUGGUCAGCAUUUUUCAGACAGAAAGUGGGAUGGUCUCAUAUCACCACCGGGGAAUGUCGAGGUUGUUUUUGAACACGACCUCCUCUUCUCAGAGAGACCAACACCUGAGUCGGAGGCCGCAUGGAACUCUUUAAUCCCAGUUGGCCGAGGAUUUGUUCAUCAUCCUGAAAUUGCUCCUUUCAUCUCAAACCUGGCUGUUUUUCACCAGCUACAUUGCUUGCAUGCGAUUGUGGUGUCUUAUUAUACGGCCAUUGAAGAUGCUGAUGUCGCGAGAGGAGGACAGCGCCCGGAUGAGUUCCUUGAGGAGACGGGAACCAGAAUGGCACAGUCGCAUGUUCGUCAUUGCUUCGAUUACAUCCGACAGACUUUGAUGUGCGGUGCAGAUACGAAUCUAGAGGUUCUGGACUACGAAACUCGUGCCACAAGCGGCUGGGGACAGAAGCGACAAUGUCGAUCUUAUCAUGAGGUGUAUGAGUGGGCUGAGAAAUGGGCCAACUCGACAGAUACGGGUAUUCUCAGUUGA